AUGGCUGCAAACACAUUCGAGACGCAGGGCGUCCGAGUUGCAGUAGAAGGAUGUGGCCAUGGCACGUUAGAUGCAAUCUACGCCUCAGUGGAAGAGUCUUGUAAGCAACGUGGGUGGGAUGGCGUUGAUAUUCUCAUCAUUGGAGGUGAUUUUCAGUCCGUACGAAAUGCUGCAGAUUUGAGCAUCAUGUCUUGCCCUGUCAAGUAUCGACGCCUAGGAGAUUUUCCCAGGUACUACUCUGGUGAACAAAAAGCACCCUAUCUAACAAUAUUCAUUGCUGGAAACCACGAAGCCAGUUCACAUCUCUGGGAGCUUUAUUAUGGAGGCUGGGUAGCACCCAAUAUCUAUUACAUGGGUGCUGCCAAUAUCUUGCGCUUCGGCCCACUGCGCAUCGCUGGAUUGUCUGGUAUCUGGAAAGGAUUUGACUAUCGAAAGCCGCAUCACGAGAGGCUUCCAUUCAGCGGUGAUGACGUUAAGUCGUGGUACCACAUUCGAGAAUUCGACGUCCGGAAAAUGCUUCAAGUACGGACUCAGGUGGACAUCGGCCUUAGUCACGACUGGCCUCGUGCAGUUGAGUGGCAUGGGGAUCAUGCAGAGCUCUUCAAAAAGAAGCCUUUCUUUAAACAGGAGUCCAUAGAUGGUACCCUUGGUAACGUGGCAGCAGAGUAUGUCAUGGAUCGCCUGCGACCUCCUUACUGGUUCUCAGCACACAUGCACGUCAAGUUCGCUGCGGUCAAGGUAUACAAAGACGCCGAGCCUGUGGCCCAGGAGAGCAAGGAAGUUCUCGUUCCUGUUCCUGCUUCUGCCCCUGCCCCUGCCCCUGCCCCAGCUACAGAGGUCAACCCUGACGAAAUAGACUUGGAUAUGGAUGAUGAUGAUGAUGAUGAUGACGAGGAUUCCAAGGCUGAACCCGUUGCAGAAGUCGAGAAGAGUGAGGCUGAGACGAAAGAAGCUCCAGAGGCAUCAAAUGAAGUGUCGGAUGAGCUAAGGGCGCAGCUUCCAGCAUCGUUUGCUCGACCUCAACCAAAGAAAACACCAGGUCAACCAGUACCUCCUGAGAUCACGAACAAAGAGGUUCGAUUUCUUGCCCUGGACAAGUGCGAAGGGCAUAGACACUAUCUACAAUUGUGCGAGAUUCAACCUUUCAAGCCAGAGACGAGUUCUGAGUAUCCCCCAUCCCAAGAAUCACCUCGCUGGAGGUUAAAAUACGAUCCAGAAUGGCUCGCAAUCACUCGCGUCUUCCAUGACUCCUUGAUUGUUGGUGACCGAAGUGUACAGGCGCCUCCUGAUCUUGGGGAAGAGCAUUAUCUGCCCCUCAUCGAAAAAGAGAGAGAAUGGAUCGAGGAAAAUAUUAUCAAGAGUGGAAAGCUAGAUGUCCCUUACAACUUUGAGAUCACAGCACCGCCUCACGUACCAGGUGCUCCCGAGAUUGUUAACGAGCAGCCAGAGGAGUACACAAGCCCUCAGACGGCGGCUUUCUGUGAACUUAUGGGACUUGCAAAUAUAUGGGAUGCCACAGAUGCAGAGAGGCGACAGAGGAAAGCACAGGGACCGCCCAAAACUGAUCAACGAUUCUCUGGUCGUGGCAGAGGUCGCGGGGGCGGGGGCGGGAGGGGCGGGAGAGGACGAGGAAGCUGGCAAGGGAGAGGCCGUGGAGGAAGAUGGUGA